AUGGCGGCGAGAGUUCAGAUCACCCGCAGCAGUGCCGCCUCUAGACGAAUAUUACAGCAAUUCUCCUCUCGCGGCGUAGGCUCGUCCACACUAUACUCGUUGACGCCUCGGCAGCGACUGUCCGGCUUGAAUCGUGAGGUUACUGCCUUUGCGAUCGCCAUCCCUAUGCGGCAUUACGCUACAGAGACAUCAUCUUCACAAACCUCGGGGGCCAGCGGUCCGCCUCCAGGCUUCAAUUUAGACGAGGCUAAGAAACCUCUACCGAAAGAAUCGAGCAAACAAGAAGCGUCCGAGUUGUCCGCCACUCCCACAAUUGAGGAACUCAAGAAGAGCGAAGAAGUUCUUGCGGCACCAGGGGCCUCGAAGCCCUCAGACGUGCCGCCGACGAAAGCUGUUGAAGCCAGUACCUUGACUGAAUUGGCAGCCAAGAAGGCGAAAGAGGAGGAGAAGGAGAAUGCUUUGGCCAAAGCGGGCGGACCUAAGAAGACCUUGUGGCAGAAGAUCAAGCACGAGGCGCAGCAUUACUACGAUGGAACCAAGUUGCUUGCCACCGAAGUCAGGAUCUCUUCUAAGUUGGCAUUGAGGAUGGCGGCAGGAUACGAGCUAAGCAGAAGGGAGAACAGACAGCUUCAACGCACAGUCCAGGACCUCGGCCGUCUAGUCCCCUUCUCCGCCUUCGUCAUCGUCCCCUUUGCCGAACUUCUUCUACCAGUUGCGCUGAAAAUCUUUCCCAACCUCCUGCCCUCCACCUACGAGGGGCAACAGUCGCGCGAAGACAAAGCAUCGCGCCUACGAGCGACCCGAAAGAACGUAUCCUCCUUCCUGCGCAACAGUCUGAAAGAGUCUGGCCUUCCUAUAUCCUCGGCAUCGGCUCAGAAAGAAGAAUUCCAGCAAUUCUUCCGCAAAGUGCGCGCUACCGGCGAAUCGCCCACAAAGGAAGACGUCAUUAAGGUCUGCAAAAUCUUCAAAGACGACCUCACACUCGACAACCUGUCCCGGCCACAGCUUGUCGGCAUGUGUAAAUAUAUGAAUCUGAACACUUUCGGGACAGACGCCAUGCUCCGUUACCAGAUCCGUCACCGGAUGCGACAGAUCAAACGCGACGACAAGGCCAUCAGCUACGAAGGUGUCGACUCACUGUCAGUGCCCGAACUACAGAUGGCUUGUGCCAGCCGAGGGCUCCGCACACACGGCAUGUCGCCAUCGAAACUUCGCGACGACCUACAGAUGUGGCUGGAUCUUCGUCUAAAAUACAACAUUCCCUCCACCUUGCUGGUACUGUCAAACGCCUAUAUGUACACUUCCGGCAAGGACUCCGAAAUCGACUCACAGAUCGAGGCUCUGCAGGCCGUCCUCUCCUCGAUUCCUGAAGAGCUGUUCCACGAAAUCGAGCUGGAAGUGCACAAUGCUGAGGGCGCCGCGACGAACAAGCAGCGCUUAGAGGUGCUCAAGGAGCAGCAGGAGCUGAUCGAAGAAGAAAACAAGCAGGCUGAGAGCAGCAAGAACGAAGACGGCGCAAGUAAAGAGAGCCCGAAAGAUGAUAAGGAUAUUGAUGAGACGCCCAAGAAAGCGGCAGCAGAAGCAGAAGGAGGAGAGAAGAAGGCCGAUGCAUCAGCCGAGGCCAAGGAGGCAGAGGAGGACAUCUCGUCACAAGGCAUGGACGAGACGCGGAAAGCUGAAAAGCAGGAGCAGCAGACGAAGAAGGAGUGA